UCUCUUGCAAUACGUAAAAUCUCGUUUGACAAUUUGUGCGACGUUCGAUGGCGUAAUGGUGAUUCUUAACAUUGACGACGAACGGGAGAAACUGGACUUCCUAAUCGAGGAAUAUUCCUUCUUUUUCUGGCUGUGGAAUAUCAUCAUUGUUUUGGCGUUGUGCGGCCUCCAGGAAAUAUCCGCCGUCGUCUAUCGGAGAGUUCUGUGAUAAAGUAUGCAGUGUGUCGCAGGCAGUCCAAUAUUUCUAGCCGUGUAGUCUGAUGGCUUGUGCGUUCAUUCAAAUUAUCGACUCGGUGUUUGGUAUUCUGGCUUCUGCUAUGCAAGGAAGAGUUACGGGUCUUACUACUGAGGGCGCUGGCCACCUGUGUCUAUCUGUGAUGUGAACUAACUCCGGGCAGAAUAAUCGCCGUUAUUCCACCUGACUUUUAUCCGCUAUUACAUCUGCUGUUCAUCUCGUAAUUACGAAUAUCAUCGUCUGGGUGCAUCUGGAUGCUACCCAGGUAUUCACUCAUCUUCCUGAUUUUGAUGCCUGCAUGAAUUGCCUGCUGUGUAGGCUCUUAUAACUUUCUGAACCUAAAAAGUGCUACAUUUGGCCUAGAUUCUAGGUUAAACCUAAUCCUAGGCAACUAUGUGCUGCAUUUAACCUUGACCCAUCUGAAUAAUAAUCUGACCUUUACCUGGAAGGACAUGAUAUUCAACUAGUGCUGAUAACGUAAUCGUUAUCACGUUUGACAUUUUUUGGAAACAUUGACUUCAGAUCACAAUUUGACCUUGGGAUAAGCUUGACCUCACCAGGUCACCUUCACCUCGUCUAGAAACCAAGGUCACUCACACGGUUUCAGUCCACGUGCACUUGUAGAGUUGAAUUUCUAGGUCAGCCUACAGGUGAUUCUGUGUUAAUACAAUAAAUUCUCGAGGAUAUAUAUUAGGCCUACCUAUGUAGCAGCUGUAUAUAGAUAGGUGAAGAACAGAUAAACAUACAUUGAAUAGCACCUUCGGCAUCAGAUGUGUAAGUUGAUAUAUGUGCAGUGUACUGUUUGCUGCUUCGGAUUAGCCAAAAAAAGUGAACAGUGAUUGCAGUUAGAGCCGUCUAGAACUGUCUACUGUCAGCAACGUUGGACCCUUUGCUGCAAUAUUCAGCGAAGAGGCUUUUCGAACUUCGUGUACGGUUAAAAAACUUAACAGUGGUUGCAGUUUUAGCAGAAUUAUAUCAUCUACUCAGACAGCUAAGUUGGACCCUCGGCGUUACGUGUGCGUCGCAAAAAAACCAUCAAAGGACUCUGUGUUGAACCUGACAGGAGUACACUAGCUUUAAAUUGAUAGUCUCGGAUUCCGUCUAUGCUGGGAUCUGCUAAAAGCUAGUCGUUCGAUUUUGAACUUUUUUCACGUAGUUGAUCAAUAGAUGGAUCCCGUUGGGAGCAUGUCCUAUAGUAGUAGUAGUAGGGAGAGGAAAACAGGAGAUUAUACUGGACACCAUGAAGAUUGUCAAGCAGGGUUCUGCCGACUCAAAUUAUAGCCAGCCCUCUUCGGACCUCUCUUUAGACGAGGAACGGGAGGCUACACGGCGCGAGACGGAACGCCAGGCAGUAGGACAGUUAGAAAAAGCAAGACAAUAUCGUAGGAUUUUAGCCGUUUGUAAGACAAAACCAGUAGCUUUUGCCGUACGAACAAAUGUAGCUUACGAUGGUUCAUUAGAUGACGAUUCACCGGUCCAUGGGUAUGCAGUUUCAUUCUCCGUCAAGGAUUUUCUACAUAUAAAAGAGAAAUUUAAUAAUGACUGGUGGAUAGGUCGAUUAGUUAAAGAAGGCUGUGAUGUGGGCUUCAUCCCUAGUCCAGCCAAGCUGGAGAACCUCAAACUCCAGCAAACAGCUACGGGUAAAUCAGGAAAACUUUACACAACCAAAACCAACUCCUCCACCAAUAUAGAUAACUUGUUGUCCAACUCAAAGUCUUCGAAUUCACGAGGUUCAACGCCUCCUACACCAGGUGUAGAAGUCGACCAGAAUGGGUUGGACAGCAACGUCGGCGAGGAUAGUGAUAGUUUAGGAACAAAUAAGACAAGUAAAACUAGUAUUACCCCACCAGCCAAGGAGAAGAGGAAGCCGUUCUUCAAAAAGUCUGAGAAUGUUCCCCCAUACGAAGUUGUGCCUUCCAUGAGACCGGUAGUAUUAAUUGGGCCUUCCCUCAAAGGGUACGAAGUAACAGAUAUGAUGCAGAAAGCCCUCUUUGAUUACCUCAAACAUCGGUUUGAGGGAAGAAUAUCAAUUACCCGAGUGACAGCUGAUAUCUCUCUUGCAAAACGGUCUUUACUGAAUAAUCCUAGUAAAAGAGCGAUUAUGGAGAGGUCCAAUAGCAGGUCCAGUUGUAUAGCGGAAGUGCAGGCAGAGAUAGAGAGGAUAUUUGAAUUGGCGCGUACCCUGCAGCUGGUCGUGCUGGACUGUGAUACCAUUAAUCAUCCCUCACAGUUGGCCAAGACGUCACUCGCACCCAUUGUAGUUUAUCUCAAGAUUUCUUCCGCAAAGCAGGUUCUGCAAAGGCUGAUAAAAUCGAGGGGGAAGUCCCAAAGUAGGAACAUGAAUGUACAGUUAGUGGCUGCAGACAAGCUUUCGCAAUGUAAUCCGGAACUGUUUGAUGUGAUGUUGGAUGAGAAUCAACUGGAGGAUGCUUGUGAGCAUCUCGCCGAGUACCUGGAGGCCUACUGGCGUGCGACCCACCCCCCGACGGCUCAGUCUCCACGCCACCAGCCGCUCGAGCCCCUGGCGCCGCGGAGCACCACAGUUCAGUCGCCACUUUCGAGGCAUAAUACUGCGCCUGCACAACAACAUCACCCGCAACGUGCGAUGAGUUCGGAACGCCCAGAGCGACAUCGAGGAGAACACGAAUCUCCUGAUCGUUACGAUCGGCGUGACGGUGGUCACCGGUAUCAGGAUCAGGGGUACGGCGAUGAGCGCUAUCACGAUCGCGCCUCACGAGACACUAGAGCUCGCGACUAUGAUCGCGAACGUGAUAUUCGGUCGCAGGAUUAUGACCGCGAUCAUGACAGAGAUAUUAGGACUCGGGAUUAUGAUCGAGAAAAAGACUACCGUGAUUAUGACGAUCCGAGAUCACGUGACUAUAACCGUGAACAAGAUUUUACUUACGAUGAUUUCAACUCACGAGGGCGAGAUCCUCGCCGAGAUCGCAUUGAGCGAGAACGUAUGGACAGUCGUGAGCGAGACUAUGACCGGGGUGAUAGGUCAUACGGCUCUCCGAGAAGCCAGCGCUACCCACCUAGGCAGGGCAGUAUUGCCAUUUAGCGAAUCGUGAAUAUGGCCGGUUUUAAAAAUUUGAAUACACUGUUUUGUUCUAUUUCGUUGGCUCAAUAUUCAACUUGUGAAGGAGGCGCGAGUUGAUGUGCUAGGAGGCCAUUUUGGACAUUAGGAGUUGGAGUAGGGAGGUGCCGACGCAAGCAAGCAAGUGAAUGUGCGAAUAAUUGUCCCAUCACUAGACAUUCAGUUUCAAGACACGGUGAUGAUUUGCUCAAUUUGUUAGAAGGACACCGAUUGGUCAAUUCAUUUUGACACACAAAAUGGCAAGUGAUUGGCCUCUUGGAUAAGACGCAUGGCCGUUGAUUGGAGGAAAAGAGGGCGUGACUGUACGGAAUCCACCUUAACCCUGCCACCGCCGACCACAACUUAACCUUUUUUACCCAUUUUCAUAUAUUAUCUUGGGAGUGUUGAUUCAUUGUCGAUAAGAGUUUUAAGCUAUGCAUUGUGUUACGGUUCUUUGGGGACUCUGACGACAGGUAGAUUUGAUUUCUCAUAUUAUUAGCAUGGCUUGUUACAGCAUGAGGGCGCCACUCAACAUGAGAGUUUUAUAGCACAAGUUGGUUCUCUGAAAACAAGAUUACCUGUGGAGUGACCUUGUUAGUGGCUGUCGUGAGAGUACGGUAGCACCUCGCUAUUGAGAAAAUCAUUCAGACUGACAAAUUUUGUUUGAUUUGGAGGACUUAAACUCUCUUCAUACUACCAAGUACUGCACAAACCUGCAGAAUGUUCCAGUAAGUGAAAAACAGCUCUCCUACAUGAUAUUUUGGGAUGAGGGCUUAAACAGGGAGGCCUGCCAUCCUUAAUAGAGAUGUCCUGAUCACAGAGGUUGAUUUCAGCAGAAAGGCCACUUUCCAGACCACUACCAGUGUCCUCGAUAGAGAGGGUUUCCUGCUAAGAGAUGUUCCUCUGUAAUCAUUUGUCUCCAGUUGUAUGCACAUGCUAACACUCAUGUUGAGAAACACCUAAACUAACAGUAAGGCCUACCAUGGGGAAUUUUGUAUGCACAUGCUAACACUCAUGUUGAGAAACACCUAAACUAACAGUGAGGCCUACCAUGGGGAAUUUUGCCAAGUAGUCAGUCUGUGAAGAAAUUACAAAGGUCUUUAUGAGUAUCUAGUCCCCAGGUUUGAAUUCUAACUGAAUGGCCGUGUUACUCCUAUGUAUCAUUACCUUCUUGGCUUGACCUCCAGCACGCAUGCUCUGAACCGUCAAAUUCUAACUCCUCUUUAUUUUUGCGAUUUUGCUAAAAUUUCAAAAAAAAAUGAAAUUGUCCACCAUUCUUAUCCGGCAGAUUAUGAAACUUCUUUUUUGGUUCUUCGAAGAAAAAUGUAUUUUCCCAGUCACCCAGCUCACCUGUGGCAAAUUUAUAACAAAGCCUGCAACUCCACCUUUCUUGCUUGCGAGUUGUCAACUAACUAAAAGUGCAAUAUGCUAAUUUCUUACCUGGUAAUUGGUGAUUAAAGAAGAGCAGGAGUGAACAGAUUCUUGACAAAGAUAGCCACCAUGUGCAAUACUUAAGAGGUUUAUGAGGGGAAAAUGGGGCAAGAAACCUGCAGUUUGUGCUUAUGAAGGAGAAAAAGGGAAAGAUAGCCACUAUGUGCAAUGACUCGUAGGUUUACGAAGGACAAAUGCAAAUAGCUUCAGUCAAGAAUCUUGUGGUGAAGUUUUCGGUUUGGUUUCAUUUCGUUUCACGAUUUAAUUUUUCAGUGUUGAGUGUCGCCAUCUAUUAUGAUUGGAGUAACUGCCAUGAGUUGAGAACAAUACGAAAGUUUGGAGUCGACUGCAUCACGAGGAGUUGCAAUCUCAUGUGUCCGUGACCUUGAGUGUCAAGGUCACUUCGAAUGUCAAGGUCAUUUCGAAUUUGACCUUCACCUCUCUUGAAGGUUGUCUAUAUCAAAAAAUGAUUUUGUUAAUUUUCUGUACAGACUCUGGUUGUUGCAAUUUCAGUGUACUUCGUACAGACCUGUGUUUUGGUCAAGGUCAAAGGUCAUGGUUAGAAUAUUUAUAUCGGAGUGGUCCGCCAUACAUAAUGUGUUCAAGUGCUACUGAUAGCUGUAAUCGGCGGCGUAUGCUAAAUUUCGGUGGGUUGUUUUUACCCAUGAUUCAGAGAACCUUGUUUGCAUGCAAAUUAUAUCGAAUAUUUGUCUUAUUCCAAAUUGGAAACAAACCCCUGUGCUAUAAAAGUUGUAAAACCCUUAUCAAAUAACAGUAGUUCUUAUCGAAUCUUUCGUGCUCGUAUCAGAGCCUGGUUCUCAAAUCCUUUAUCAGGUAGCAGUAGAUCUUGCUGAAUUUUUCAUGUUUGUAACAGAGCCUGGUUUAUCCUCGUUACCCUUGACAACUGUUUCCACGGCAACUGUAUAUACUCUCCAUGGUGAUAAUCAAAACCCCCUCGGCCUCGGUCAUGUUGGUAUUGUGUACCAGGUGUAGGCAUGGUCAUUAAAGUACCACUGUAUUCAGGCAAGCUUUGCAAAUGCAUGGAAAUGAUGGACUUCCACUUGGUGUCUAAAUAAAACCUGUUGAUGCCAAUAGGGUCCGGCAUAGUUCUGACAGAAUGUGAGUAAAGUGGGCCUUUAGGGUCUAGGCCAAAAAAUAGUUAAUCAUUUAAAAAACUAGAAAAUUGAAAUUUCUGGAAUACUCAGUUGACAGUAUCAGCAGUCCGUUUAAUCUUACUUGGACUUGAUGGGAAGUUACUUGGUUAGGAAGGUGGCCCUUUAUACACAAAGGCACUUGAGGGGAUUAUCCUGUUUCUCGCCAAACGGUUUGAAAAAUAUAGACUUUACUUUGACGUUAUCAUCUCAAUGAAGACUGGAUAGGGCAAAUCAACCAAAAUGAUGAAAAGAAUGUGAGCUUUAUGCUUUUCUUUGAUUUUCAACUCUAAUUUUCAUGCUUUACUACAAUGAAACAAUGCAAUUUUUUUCUUGCUUCGAUUUUUUUGGCGCAGUGUUGAAUUUGAAACACGCUUCCUGAUCUUGUGAUCAGAUGGAAAAAUGGAUGUGAUGACGUCACGAUAUGCAUUGUGUGCGUCAGGGUUUGAAAAUCGGUUGACAUUAGAUGGUGCAGUAUGUUGAAAUCUUGCGCCAUUUAGGCCCUAACUAUGUCUUAAAUGAAUUGAGUGUGCAUGUAUAUGUGUAUAUGAAAGCCUUUCAGUACAAAACUUAUAUAAAUGAUGUUAUUGAUGGUCGUAAUGAUCAUUAUUGGUGGAACUCAUAUGCUAUGCUUUCAUAGAGUGCCUAAAAAGCGUGUUUCAUGUUGAUUGAAGCCAGAACUAUGUACAGUAUCUGUAAAGAUCUGUGUAGAUUUCAGGUUCAAUCAGGGUGAAACUUGCUGGGAUCUUCGUCAUUUCUCAAAAAAAAACAAAAUCAACUAUUUUCUUACGAAAACUGAGUACACAAAUUUCCAUGGUAAUUUCGUUGUUUUACCCAGUUCAUUAAAUGGUAUAAAUAUAAUAAAUAUAUUAUAUAAAUAAGAUAUAUAUAUAAGAAAUAUAUAGUUCAUCAUACUGAUAUUCAUAUGUGGUGGUUUACCAUUUUUAAUAAAAAUCGCAUUUCUCUAGUCACUGUCUAAAUCUUGUUCCUAGGAGUCCCAUGCUCAUGUUACCUAGGAGCCAGGUUGCUCUGUCAUCAACAAUUUUCAGCGUUUUCUCAAAUUCAUGAUUCAUUGAUGGCAGGUCAUGUGUUCUAUUAUAUCCUCCUGUCACCCCUUUGUCAUUUCACUUUUGGUAUAAUCAGUUUCAAUAUGUACAAACCAAUGUAUAUCUACAGAAGAAUCCAUUCUUAUAAAAGGGGUGAUGUGGUGUUAUCUGUUUGGUGUUGCAAUUAAUUACCAAAAUUGCCCAAUGCAUUUCUUGUAUAAAUACAUGUGUGCAGGCCGGCUUUGCAUUCUCUGUGCAUCUAAUUAAUAAUGUUCGUUAAUACAUUUCCCUCAUUUGUACAUAUAGCGUCACUUUUUUAUGAAAGCAACGUAGUUAUAAUGUUAAAACUAAACUUGCACUAAAUGCCGUUUUUUGUAACAAUCUUGUCCCCAGUGGCUAUAGGCUCCUGUGACGAGGUUGCAUUUUGUCUAUAUUCUGGCAGUCGCGUUUAUUUCUAGUCACUUAUGAGUUUUCACUGUAGUCUGAUGAUGAACAUUCUAAAUUAUUGAUGGUAAAUUUCAAAUUUUAAAAUGCAAUGGAUCUAUGUACAGAUAUUUUGACCAGAUGUGAUAUUUGUGGUUCACCAAAGUCUGCCAAAAUCCUGUGUGUGUUUUAGCUUUACACCCUCAUAAACCUGCAUGGACACUUCAAGUCCAAUUAGGGGUGUAAAGAAAAAGGAUAUAGAGUUGACAUAUACUGGGUGUUUCAAAACGUGUUUUGCACUUUUGACAUCUGAUAUCUCCAAGUUAAAGUGGCAAGAACUCCAUAGAAGGUGAUAGAGCAGAGUACACUAUUAGCACUUGUAAAGUGUCAAACUUAUGAAAUCUAUCGAGUUUGAAACUUUUGGAAACAAAAAGGCUAAUUGAGCUGUAAAAAUGUCGAGGAAACUACUUGGUGACAUGUGAAAGAAAUCAAUUUGGAGAAAUAUUGGAAUUUCUGAAAUAUUUUUGUGGUUGUUUUUUGCCCUGUGUGGUAUCAAUGGUUGAUGCCGAUGAAUUAGCUCAUAAAGAGCACAUCGGAUAUUGGUUAACUUCGGAGUUGUUAGAAAUGAAAAAUGUCAAAUUCAUUUUGAUACACCUAUUAGAAGGUCCAAUCAAGUAUGAAAAACGGACCUGGGAGUCCAUUGCAUUAAGAUUGUAAUAAUCGUGUGUACAUAUUGUACAGGUAAAUGCACAUGCACGUGGUUUUGGCAGAGCAAGGUUCAACUCUACUCUUAAGUAGUUGGUCAUAUUUCUUCAUAUUGAUGUAAGUUUUAUUUAUUUUUGCACGUUAUGGCGAUUUGGCCGUGCAAGGUCGAACUUGAUGUGGUUCCUCAUCCACUGUAGGAAGUGAUACAAAAUAUGCUAGUCUAAUACGGAACCUUAAGUAAUACUGGAAGGUGAUGAUACAGGAUCUUUGGAAGGUUUCAGAAAAAUAUCAAGUAAACACAAAAAACGAUGAUUCUAUCAGAGAUUGCUCACCUAGAGCUUUCCAAUGAAUCGUUGUGUCAGUGGGUUUCUCGCACAUUUUCUGGUCAAAUAUGCUCAUCUCAAAGUGACAUUUUAAGGGGGGGGGGGGGCAGAUUUGAGUAGACUGUGUACUAUAAGUUUCAUGACACGUCAGAAAGAGCUCAUCCAAAGCUUUCCCAAUAAAUGAAUAAAGUCAUAGAUUAAUAAACUGUUGUGCGGGGAGAUUGUUAAUUUUCAAUGCAGGGCGGUAUCUCUAUCAGAACAACGUGUGGCUCCAUUGGAAGCUCAUUCAUAAUAAAUUUGGAGAAGCCCGGAUAAAAAAAUUACUAAUGGCUUCAUGAACCAAACGAAGAACUGUUAAAUACUUCAGACAGCGGAAUUUCUUUGACAUUUCAAAACAAUAAUUUUCAAUGUCAGCGUCAAUCGAAGUUGCUAAUUACUGUGACUUUUGUAUUAAAUGAUAGAAUUUGUUUUUCAUUGAAAGUAAAUAGGUUAAAAAUGUUAAAUUGGAAGGUUGUUAUCAUAACACACAAGCGGGCGAACUCAUUUAGUGUGAAUAUACUGUUAUGGUUGUGCCCCCUACUGGACAAUCAAUCUAACUAAUCCCCUUCCUCUGGUGUGGCUCUCCCCUGACCCACUUUUGGUUCCUAAUUGAGUCACUGACCAACUUGACUUGGGGUGUUACUGUCUCAGUCAUAUUGAAGGUUGAGUGAUGAAUUGAGUCACUGACCAACUGGUGCGUCACCAAUAAGAUACCUUUUUCAGUCAGAUUGAAGGUUCGUGGAUGAAUUGAGUCACUGACCAACUGGUGCGUCACCAAUAAGAUAGUUUUCUCAGCCAGAUUGAAGGCCCUUGAUCCCUUUGGAAAGAAAGUUCUUCUGAACUUUGUGAAUAUUCCAGAAUGGCAUAUCGUGUGGCAGUAGCUGCCAGCUAUUUGAAGAAUAUUAGAACAAAAAGACGAAGGUCAAUGUGGUUGUGCCAGUGAAUUGACCUGAAUUGUAAUCUGACAUGAAUUUAGAUUAUCCGUUCAUUCUUCAGUUGGUUGGUGACCUCUCUUAAGGCUGCUCUUCUGCGUGCUAGAGCAACCACGUUGCCCAGCGACUUCCGCUUGGUUGGUUUUGUUUUCGUGACGAUUUCUGCUGAAAUGGACGUCUUUCUUGCUUGUUGUUGGGUGUGUUGCUAUCGCAAGGCCCGUUGACCAGUGUGUCCAGGCGUGUAGAUACUGUACGGUAGUCCAGGUCCUAGCAACGGUGAAACAUGCUCUCCUUUGUGUAGCACUAUUGUGUAUUGUACUUGCACAACGCUAUCCCGUGAGGCUAUAUUAGAUUUCUGAGCCAAAAAUGGUGGCACCCGUUUAAGAUCCAAGUGUUCGACCUAUUUCAAUAUCAAUGGUUGUCUCCCUCUGCAUGCCGAUUAGGAUCAGUUUAUUCCCCUGUGCUCUGAUAUCUCUUGUUCUGGACAAAUCCACCAGGGGGCACUGCAGUCUCAAGCAACAGCGUAUGUUCCUGGACCUAAAAAGCAUCAGGUUCUAUUGUUCAGCCUGAUAGUUCACUGAAUAUGAUCACUUUGAGGGUAAUGAGUUUUGUGAAUCAUGUUUGAUUAUUUCAGAAACGAAAGUAAAAUAUUGUAUAAAAGUACAUACGAUAUGUACGGGCCAGUUUCAAAUACUGGUGGUAAAAGUAUUGAUUUAGUGAGGGCGGCCCACUGCCCUUGCGCUCUUAAGCAUCAACCAAACUUAGGGAGUUGUGCAACAUGGAUACAAGCUGUUCUAUAAGCCUUUAAAAACUGGAUACAGCCUACUAAAACAUACUGCCGUGAUGCACUAUCCUGAUCCACUAUGAGAGUCUCUACCUGUGGUGCUCAUUGAGUGAAUGUCAGGCUAUCUAGACCGAGUAUGAGCCCUUCUGAUAAAGGCACCUGGAAACUUUAACACACUUAAAGAACUAAGUCAUGCAGAAUUGUUGCAUUUUGAAUGCUUGUGCAAUAUGGUGGCAUCAGCCGAUGAAGUUUCAGUAGCCAUCUUGCAUCCACUUUGAAAUAACUGAAAUUUUCUCAUCUCUUUUUCAACAGUUAUCAUUACAAAAAUAGCAUAUUCUUAGCCCUCUGUUGCUUGAGUUUGUGCCUGGUGCCCCCUGGUGGUGGUAUAAUAAAUAGUUGUAUAAACAUUUGGGCAUGUUCUAAAAAGUUAGCUUUUGACUAGUAUUAUAAUAUCGAGGACAGCCUCGUUCCCAAGGAUUGUAUGCAAAUGCCAAUGUAAGCAUCAGUGCUACAGUUAGAGUUCAUGGGAACCAGGUUGUAUUUAUUGUGGGCUGUUGGCCAAAUUUCUGCCUUUAUUAUUUUCACUAUAUAACUCCACUUUUUUGUUGGAUUUGUAAAUAAAAUUUUUAUCUCACAUGA